AUGAGCACUUUUGAAUACUUACUAAUCACACAACAUCACUUCCACUUUUUCAUCGCCUCGUCGUGUUUCGUUGUGAUUUCAAUUUUGUCGUUUCCAGAUUUCCUUAUUCUACGGUUCGUCGCAGAAAAGGGAAUUGAGCACACAAUGGGUAAAUUUAAACAACUCGGCAAAAACAUUUGGAAGAGAAUCGGGCCUCGACACAAAUCGACGACAUCUCCGGAGCCGUCGGCUCGCGAGCUUUCGUCGUCGUCGUCGUUGUCGUCGGACUUCAACGACGAGUACAAGCUUCAUGGAGCUGCUCAGAAGGAAGAAGUCGUGCGCAGUCUUCCGGACAUAUCGACAGCCUUCGUGCACUCGAUCCAAAUCGCUUCGUCAGAUGAGCCACCGAAACGCGUUGAGUCGCCGCAUUCAGAUGAUUCCGCCGGAUAUGCCACCGACGACACCGCGCUAUCAUCGCUGAGUCCGUUGGAUGUCAAAAGGAGCAGUAUGGACUAUUGCGAAUCACAAGGCUAUUAUUCGACGUCGGAGCUUUCGCCUAGAGAUGAGAAGCUUGAAAGUUGGCUGAUCCGUCCGAGGGUGAUUACACCUCCGACAUCCUAUCCAAGAGUGGUGGUGUCGCCGAGCAGAAUGGCGCCGCGUGAAUUGGCAAAAUCACAUUCGGAACUGCACUCAAUUGAUAGCCCCAAACCGCAACCAAAAAUAGAAGCCACCGAUAAAUCAGUGACGUUCGCAAAUCUAACAGAUAUCGAUUCUGAUCCGAUUGAUCGAUUUUUGAAGAACAACAUCUACAUGACGAAAAUGAUCACAACGGUAUUCGAAGCGAAGAAUGGCGGAAUGGAGGAAAUUUAUGACGAUGUGACGGCGGAAAUCGAUCGAUGGUUUGAGAAUAAGAAUAUGAUGGCUGUGGCAUGUGAGAUGCAUUAUUCGGUGCCGAGAGAAAAACGCAACCGAAGGCUGGAGUGCAAACUCAAAGAAAAGUUGCUGACAGCGCUUCGUGAAAAUAAUAGAAGACUAUUGUACCUUCGAGGAAUGGGACACGGAAAAACGCCGAUCAAAUUGGCUGAGUCGAAGACGGUUGAGAAUAUUUCACGACACAAAAAGACUGACUCAGUCAGGGGCAUUUAUCAAAGAAGUUACACAAAAAUGUUGCCAUAUCUACACAAAGAAACUCCGGAAUGGCACUCGCAAUAUUGGACACUUCAGGAUUUCACAACAACGUCGAAUGAUGAGGAGAGCACAUUGACGCCGGAGCCUCAGAAAUUUUUGUUCGACGAUGAACAUCCAGAUCUUCUUCUAACUGCAACAAAUCCCGCCGAUGAAUCUGUUUCGGCAUCAACCAUUCUUCAUGUUCAAAUUGAAAAUGUUGACGAUAACGAGCCAAAAUUCUUGAAGAGUCAACCAAUGUUCUAUGAGCUCGAUUCAAAUCUCACAAAGCCUACAGCGAUUGGCAGAUUGAGUGCUCUUGAUGACGACAAAAACACUAUCUUCUAUCACAUUCUUCCAAAUUGUGGUACUGAUGGUGCGAGCAAUUUCUCGAUUGACUCGGAAUUUGGCGAAAUGGUGUAUUAUCCGCACUCAUCGACACCAUCGCGGGUUGAGCUUUGCGUUGCUGUCACAUCAAUGGAGUCGCCAAAUCUUGAAGAGAUUAAAUUUGACGAAGCCGCCGACAAUAUGAAGAAGGUGAUUGUUCAAAUUGGAGACCACAAUUCCAGCAACCGCAAUGAUUUUGUUCCUGGAGAGAAUAGUGUUGUUAAAAUUGGUGAUUCCCUUCAAUUCGUUGAGAUUCCAAUGCAGAAUUCUGGAAAUUAUUCUCUUGAAUCCCUUCAAUUUCAUCCAGCCAAUUUCGAACUUGGGCGCGAUAUAAUCUCACCUGAGGGUUCGGUUGGUCUCAACCCGAAAACUGGUGAACUUGUCGCGAACAUGAAGAUUGUUGACACACCACAAGGCGUUUAUACCGCCCGUGUUGCGAGCGGACGCAAUUCGGCAACAAAACAGCUUCAUCACAUCAAAAAUGACCGAAAAUUGCGGUAUAUUCUGGCGAUGACACGCGAUGAAUUUGGCGCGAAUUUGGAGAAAUUCAAACGUCAACUUGUCGAUGAGAUUUCCACAGAGAAUCCUGGAAAAUCUGUUAAUAUUUAUUUCGACGAGCCGAAUAAUGACGGAAAGAAUCAAUCGUGGACCUCGGUAUGCUUCUACAUCACCCGCGAUGAGACGAUUCUUGACGACAAGCAAAUCACAUCGAUUCUAUCGAAAAAUAACGGUGAAAUUGCGAAAAUCCAUCACAUUUUCAAAGUUGUCAAUAUGGAUGCAUGCGAGAAGCGAUCGACCGAAAGCGAUUCGGCCGAACUCAAACUGCCAAUGAACACAUUAAUAAUGAUCACUGUGGUGGCAUUCCUCAUUCUGAUUCUCAUCGGGCUUCUCGUGUUCGUGUGCUGUGUGGCGAGACACCGAAGAUAUUUGGAGAAUAAGACGGCAGAAAUGAGAGGUGACGAUAAUUGA